UGACCUUAUAUGGAAAUGGGGAAAAAUGCGGGCUACCUCGUGAGAUCUACAACAAAGAGAGCAACCGUCAUCUUGCGGACGUCAUCAGCAAUUCGUUUUUGGGCCUCCACUGGCUGCUCCCUAGUCUAUGUUCUCUUUUCCGUUCACAAAUCCAAGAUGGCUCGCGGACCCAAAAAGCACUUGAAGCGUCUCAACGCGCCAAAAGCAUGGAUGUUGGACAAGCUCGGAGGUGUCUACGCACCUCGUCCAUCGACUGGACCCCACAAGCUUCGCGAGUCUCUCCCCCUUGUCAUCUUCCUCCGUAACAGACUGAAGUAUGCCUUGACUAACUGUGAAGUAAAGAAAAUUGUCAUGCAACGACUUAUCAAAGUUGAUGGCAAGGUUCGCACUGAUCCUAACUAUCCAUCUGGUUUCAUGGAUGUUGUUACCAUUGAAAAGACGGGCGAAUUUUUCCGCUUGAUCUACGACGUCAAGGGACGUUUCACAAUUCACAGAAUUUCUGCUGAAGAAGCUAAGUAUAAGCUUUGCAAGGUCAAGCGAGUACAGACCGGUCCCAAGGGAAUUCCAUUCCUGGUAACCCAUGACGGCAGAACCAUCCGUUACCCAGAUCCUUUGAUUAAGGUCAAUGACACCAUCCAGUUGGAUAUCGCUACCAGCAAGAUCAUCGAUUCUAUUCGUUUUGACUCUGGUAACUUGUGCAUGAUCACUGGAGGAAGAAAUUUGGGACGUGUCGGCAGUGUUGUGAGUCGUGAGCGUCAUCCUGGAUCUUUUGACAUCUGUCACAUCAAGGAUUCUCAAGGCCACACCUUUGCCACCAGGCUCAACAACGUUUUUAUCAUUGGCAAAGGAUCCAAGGCAUACGUCAGUUUGCCAAGAGGCAAGGGUGUCAAGUUGUCCAUUGCCGAAGAACGUGACAAGAGGUUGGCUGCCAAGGGAGGAAACUAAUGUAAAUUUUCAAACAAAAUACCAAUAAACUGAGUUGUUCUUGGUGAAA